GGAAAAAUUCUGAACAUAAACGUGAAUGCGGGAAUAAUUAUAAGCAAUCAAAGUCUCGUGCUGCAGGGCGUAUCAAGAUCCACCGCCGGAAACUAUACAUGUGUGGGGUACAAUACCGAAGGUGACGGAGAAAGUAAUCCAUUCUACCUUAACGUCCUAUAUGCCCCUAGUUGUAAGCCAAAUCAAACAAGAAUCUACGGUGUAGCAAAACAAGAAAGAGCUCAGAUCAGUUGCCAUGUAGAUGCCAACCCACCUGAUGUUGAAUUCAAAUGGACAUUCAAUAAUUCUGCCGACUCGGUUGAUGUGAGUCAAUCCUACAUUGCCCGUAGUGGUACUGCAAGUGUAGUUUCGUAUACUCCCAUGACUGAACUGGACUAUGGUACUUUACUAUGCUAUGCCUCCAACAGGAUUGGUGCACAAAGAUCUCCUUGUGUGUUUCAUAUCAUAGCUGCGGGUCGUCCAGAUCAAGUUCAUAAUUGUACUCUCCUCAAUAUCUCAAUGACGUCGUUUAAUAUUCGAUGUUCAGAAGGAUUCAACGGUGGUCUUCCUCAAUCAUUUUUAUUAGAAGUUCGAGAAAGUCAAAGUCAGGAGUUAAAAAAUAACUUAACGUCUCCUGUAGCACGUUUUUCGGUAACAGGAUUAGCAGCUGGGCUACAGUACCAUGCAGUAUUAUUCUCUUUUAAUGCUAAAGGUCGCAGUGAACCAGCAGUGAUACAAGCUGCGACUUUACGACUUCCAGAAAAGCAGUUGACAGCAGAAAAAGAAAGCAGUCGUUCUGGCAGUUUCCACUUUACGCCUAUGAUGAGCAUCCUGAUUGGUGUCGUUUCUGCACUGUUGAUUGUUGCUUUGGUAGUCAUAAUGGUGUUGCGUAUGCAGUGCUCUCAUCACAACGAGAUCCGGUUAAAAGGGCAUAAAAAUAGCGCCACGGCGGUCAGCAGGAGUAAUCUGGAGCACAGGGGAUCGGGAAGCCUUCCAACACUGAGCGACAAAGGCGGUGGCAGCCCAAUUUCCAAACACGAUUCCAGCGCUGGUGAAUGUGACAGCGACGAAAAGAAUCCUGAUAUCAUUCCUCAGUCGCUAGACGAAGACGAGAAUUCCGACUAUUCGAGAAAAAGACAACACGUGUCUACGAUAGAAACAUCACCCAGCCGUGGUAUGCAGCAUCAGCCUGGAAAUUCUAGUUAUAUGGGAUAUUGUACACUUAGAAAUGGAAUGCCAUCGCAUGAUUUGUCAGCUCAACAAAAAUUGCUUCCUGCACCGCAACAAAUCAUGACUCCAUACACAUCGUGCACACUGCCACGUCAACCGCCACAACAAUGGCUCUACGGUCCGAUGAGCCACUUACCUCCAGGGAUGUAUCCUGUUGCCUAUAGAAGCGGUCCACUUCCAACGCAGCGGUCCCAUCCGCAGACUAGGGAACCACCUAUAGCGUUACAACCGUUAUCAAUGACUGAAGAGGAACCUUCGGCUGAAACGCCUUUGGUGCCAAAUAAACGAGAAAGCACUGUUUGA